AUGUAUACAUCACGUUUAUGCCCCUUCAUCUGGGCAUAUCUUGUGAGUACAGUUUUGGGCUCAUGCCCUUCUUUCCAGGGUUCCUUCAAUGCAUCCGUUUUGGAUCUCUAUCCUGAGAGCGCAGAUUGGGAUCCAGUACACUGCAAAAUAUACUUUGGCCUCUACUACAAUUCUUCGGUUGCUGUUUAUGAUCCAUAUCGUGAUGAAUAUGAGUCAAUCGUCUUCCCUGGAAUCACUGGCAAUGACGAUUACACCAUUACUGGUAUUGACUACGACGGAAUGGGAUCAAUGUACUUUGCAGCAACUUCAUAUACAGCCUUUGAGGCAACGACCUCUGGAAAUCCGGCGCUGGCAAAUUUCACCGGCCCCAAUAGUAUUAUUCGAUAUGAUACUGGGACCCGUACAAUUCUGUGGAUAACAGAUCUGGUGCCGCUACAGAAGCAAGUGUUCCAGCAAACGGGAAAAUUGAUUACAGGAUUCCAAGAUAUGGCAGAAGAUGACCAAGGGAACACCUACGUGAUAGGAUCGUUUGGCUCUAUUAUUAUCAAAAUCACCAGCACUGGUACGCCAAAAAUCUGGUACCAACCAAGAAACAUCAACGACACACUUGUUUCAGGCGGCAUUGUUCGAUCAGGGGACAGGAUUGUCAUCAACGAUCGAGUUGCUCCAGGGUUAUUGACCUUUAAUAUCAACGAACCUAAGGGGCUUCCGGUCUUUGUGCACCCGGAGGGAUUCCCGACUAAUUAUACCGGUGGAGGGGACGGACUGCUUUUGCCAGCAAGAUACGGCGGUAAAGUUAUCCUCUGGUCUGACGACUUUUAUGGGACUCGUGUUGUUGGAAGUAGAAAUAACUGGAAGACGGCUGAGUACCUCGGCUUAGUCCUCAUGGAUGAUAAUCUCAGCAAACAAGGUGGAUACACAACUGGCAGCUUCGAGGUUGGUCAAACGAUCUAUUCUUUGACUGAAUUCUUUCAGCCCACGAGAUCUGUCAAGCCAAAGCAAGAGUUUUUGAUGGUGGAUAUGACGGAGCAGAUUGAUGAACUUGUGAAGGCCUGGAAGGGCGAGAUUUUGUAA